AUACAGAAAGUUGAUAAGGGAAUAGUAUAGAAAUCGUCCGAUUCUGAUUAGUGUUGUUAAUUAAAUAAAAUUAAAUGGAAGGGGGAAGAUAGGAGGUGGUGGCGACGGCGGCGGUGGUGCGUCAAUGGGUUUUGGUUUCAGACACGUGAGACGUGUAGGCAUUGUUUUAGCGAUUUCCAACGCUCUCAUUUUCCUCAUUGGCGCCCUUCUCAUUUCCCAAACCUAUCUCCUCUGCGAUCUCCGUUCUCUGCUCCCAUUCGCCGCCGUUUCUCUUGCCGCCGCUAUUAGAAUCAUAGCCAUGUUUCAAACCGCCGUUGCACAGCAAUCAGCCGCCACUCUCAUUCUCGACGACGAAGACUCCUCGUCCACCACAGAUCGCCUCCUUUUACGAUUCCACCGACGAGGAAGGUAUAAGAAAUGGUUACGGUGGAGUCGAUGCACUGUCGCGCUCACGGUGAUUCAAUUUCUGUGUGCUACUUACCUUGUUUCCAAAUCAGCUUACUAUUUCGCCAAAGAUACCUCACCAGCUGUUUGUCUUUUAGAAUUGGGAUGGAACCUUCACUGGAGGAACCACACGUUACUCUCCAUCUUCAUGGUCCUUGUUUGUUUGGUUGCUCUAGCUCAGUGCUUUACAGGAUCUGAUGUUCUCAGAUGGAGAUCUUUCUAUGAGUCCCAUGACAAUGCUUGGAAAUCACAUUAUAGGGAGGUUUUUGAUAACGGUUUACGGGAGACCUUGUGCUGUCUCGGCCGCGUCAAAUACUUGACUGCAAAGGAAGAAGAUGAAGUCUAUUCGGUUGCACGAUUGUUAGGUGACCUUGUUGCUUAUCGGGCUUCUGGAACCGGCCAUAUGGAACUCUUGGCAGCUUUAGCUUUACUCCAACAAAAUGAAAAAUCUUCAGAAUCCUCUGAAGGAUCCAUGGAAGCACCAGAGAUGCGAGUUAAGGAGGCUGCGACUCUUCAUACAUUUGCCGAAGCUGCAUACACUGGUCUGUUGCUUGAUGUUGGACGAAAUCCUCUCAUGUUUCUUUGUUUAUGGCUCUAUAGACAAGGGGUUUUGUCUCCUUGGGCACGCAACAGACGACCUGCUUUGGAUGGUGAUAACUGGUGGCGAGGUCAUGCUGCAGCCUUUCUAAAGUAUGCCAAUUUACCUCCGGAAGCACUCAGAUAUGGGAGAGUAAACCAGGUCAAGUGUGAAGCUGCAUAUUUUAUUGUGGUUCUACAUCAUCUACAAACUGUAGUAAUUGCUAUACGUGGAACUGAAACGCCUGAGGACCUAAUAACCGAUGGGUUAUGCAAGGAAUGCACCCUUUCUGCAGAUGACUUGUCUGGUUUGAUAAACUCCAACUACAUUCAUUAUGAAAUACACCAAAAUGUGACUUCAUCGUUCCCCCACUACGGGCAUUCGGGUAUAGUUGAGGCUGCACGAGAGGUUUAUAUGCAAAUCGAAGGAACCCCUGGAGAGCAUGACACUGAAUCCUAUGGGCCUCUUUCUAAAUUGUUGGGAUUUGGCUGUGAGUGCUUUGGGUAUAAUGUCCGCAUAGUUGGCCAUUCACUUGGGGGUGCUAUAGCUGCGUUGCUUGGAAUAAAACUUUAUAACCGAUACCCCAAUCUGCAUGUUUACUCGUAUGGGCCACUCCCAUGUGUGGAUUUAGUUGUGGCUAAUGCGUGUUCGUCAUUUAUAACAAGCAUUAUAUAUGGAAAUGAGUUUUCAUCCCGCCUUUCGAUUGGAUCCAUGAUGAGGCUGAGGGCAGCUGCUAUCACAUUACUAGCACAAGAUCCUAAAGCUGACAGUGCCAUGAUUUUCAGACUUGCUCGUCGGUUUCUAUUUAUAAGCCAAUAUGAAAGAAAUAAUAAAGACGCAGAGCAUGAAGCACUGUGUGACAUUGAUAAUAAAGGCAGCAACAAUCAAGUGGUUCAAGAUGCUUCACUCUGGACUGAGGCUAGUAAAAGGGAUCUUCUUGUUACAGCUGAUCAUGGCGAUGAUGAACAUGAUGAGAUUUCACUCUGGGAUGAUAGUAGGGCAAGUGACCAUAUCGUUGAAAUUGAUAAUGACGAAUUUACAAAUCCUUUUGCUUCAGAUGUACAUUCAAGAGAUGAUCCUGUGUCACAGUUUAUAGAUUCUGUUCCAACUUCUGAAAACCAGUCUGCUGAUGAUCCCCCAGAGAUGUAUUUGCCAGGAUUUGUAAUUCAUAUCGUCCCAGACAAGAAAAGACCUCAAACUGAUCUUAAGAGAUCUUGGAGAACAAUGGAGAGGGAGAGAUGUUAUAGAGCUUACAUAGCAAAUAGAGAGAGUUUCAAUGAUAUUAUUGUUUCACCAUCCAUGUUCCUUGAUCAUCUCCCUUGGAGAUGUCACAAAGCCUUGCAAAAAAUAUUGAAAGAUCAAACUGCCAAAGAUCAAAUAACGGAAUGUCACUUAAGCUGAUCUACUUAGUCCAACAUAACGCCUAUUCUGCACAUAAUGCUCUUUCUGCACUGAAUGUGAGACUAACCAACCUGGGAUUACAUUUUUUCCUCCAAAUUCUUUGUAUUCUUGUGGGUGAGAUCAAGAUGUAUGGCAAGGAAUAAGUCUUCUGAGUUUUGAUCAAUUCGCUCUCUUAUGAGUAGAUAAUCAUUUAAGAAAAUUAUACAUGCUGAUGUUCAUAGUAUACAUGUAAAUCAUAUCAUGUUCUUUUUAUCUUAUAGAUGUUCCUCAUUUUUCUCAAAUUGUAAAUCAUCUUACUCUUCUAGGUUGGACUUCAAAACCCAGUUCUAAUAAUCAAGUUACUUGUACCCUCACAUAGACUAGGCAUUAGUUUUAGAGGUACUAUGAUAUAGUGAACUAGGCUUUUCUAACUAUUGUUCCAUCCGUUUAAAGAAUCUCUGUCUAUCUGAGUAUGUAUUAAAGCUUCAUUUGCUUAAGAUACUUUAAAGCCAUAAACAGAAAACAAGGAAACUGAUUAAGGCAACAUUUGACAUAUUUAAUAGACUAAUUAUUGGUCA